ACGAAAUAUGAAAGAACAUUAGUUAAUGAUUGAAGACAUCUUUGACAACUUUAAACCGGAGUUCUUUUUCAUUUAUAUGAAGAAUAUUUUCCUGUGGUAAAACGUUUGAAUCCUUAGUAAUGUUAUUGAGACGUUUCUUUCUUGUUAUUUAUUUAUUGUUGGUAUUUCAUUUGAUCUUCGUGUUAUCAUCGAGAGCAAGAAGACGAAGUCCAACACCACUUCCACCAUCAGUAAAUUGUCAAGUUUCGCCGUGGACGGAGUUUAGUGCUUGCAGUACAAAAUGUGACAUUGGAACGAGUACUCGUCGUCGUCACAUCACGACACGUCUUGUUCACGAUGGGUCCCCAUGUCCUUCUUUAGAAGAGUCUCGUCAAUGUGGUUCACCUAACGGGGGAUGUCAAGAUGUUUGUAACUCUGCAGAUGGAUCGUGUUUAUGUGUAACUCGCCCAGGCUAUGAACUUCAAGAUGAUGGCAAAUCAUGUGGUGAUAUAAACGAAUGUAAAAAUGGAAAUGGUGGUUGUAUAAAUUCCAACUGUAAAAACACAGAUGGUAGUUAUUGGUGCGACUGUUUAUCUGGUUAUAAACCAUCAGCAAUAACUCCACACAAGUGUGAAGCUAAAUUAUGUUCACAAUUGAUCCCACCUCCAUGUCCACCUAAUGCAUAUCAUGACGAGUUUGGAACAGCCUGCAAUCCUGCACGUAUCAGUUGCCCACACGGACAUGAAUAUUUGAAAUUCUGUUCCAUUGACUGCGAUGGCAAUUUCAAACUAGCUAGCAUUGAAGCAACAAACAUCCCUAACGCCUUCGCUAGAAACUUCCUUACGAUAAAUUUCCACGUACCCAUUGAGAGGGCUCAAUGUAUAUUGGACAGUAACACCGAGAAUGUUGCUUGGGACUGGGAUCCAAUUGCUGAGCCUUAUUACUGCAGGAGAGUGAACGAUCCACCUUCAAAUAUUCUUUUCUCAAGCACUUAUAUCAAUGAGAAAAUGAACACUUUUGCCAUUGUCGGCUUUUUUAUUGCAAACGAUUUUCAAAAUGAUCCCUUGACGUUCACAAUAAUGAAUGCGGACGCAAAGUUUUAUUUUCUUGUUCAAGGAAGAGCAUUGUUGGUAAAUAGACGUUUGGUGUGGAAGCCCCGGUCAGAUAAUAUUUACACUGUUAAAAUUAAUGUGAGCGACCAUGGUUCACCUGUUAUGUUUACUACAACUAGUUUUAACAUUACUGUGUUGAACGUUAAUGAUCCUCCUUACGACAUAAAACUUUCAAAUACCGACGUUCUUGAAAACGUUAAUAUUGGUUCCGUUGUUGGUACUCUAACAGCUAGAGACGAUGAUCUUGGUCAAAAACCUACUUCACGUUUUACCUGGGAAUUGAUUGACUCUGGUAAUGGUUACUUCAAAUUGCUGGAUAACAAGAUAGUUGUUGCAAAAAGCCUCGAUUACGAAGCAAAGAAUAAGCAUCGUAUAAAGAUAAAAUGUACGGACCGAGGUCAUCCACCAAAAUCUUCGUCUAUCCAGAGUUUGUUUGUCGUUGUACGAGACAUUAACGAAUCACCCAAGGAUAUAAAUUUGACGAGUAAUCGCAUCCCGGAGAACUGCGUUCUGGGGUCGGUCAUCGGUGACUUCGUUGCGACUGAUGACGAUAAUGACAUGUUAAAGUUUUAUUUGAAUCACAGUAGUAUUUUGGUUCGUGAAAAGUUUGCUCUACAAGGUGUUCCAAACGUUGAAAAUCGUACAAUGAACCAUAAAUCAACUCAUUUUUACUCGAUUCCCCUCGUUGUUAACGGUUCUCUUGAUUAUGAAGAAAGAAACAUGUACAUUAUUUGGUUGGCUGUCGCAGAUCCUGUGAGAAAGGCGCUCAAACAAUUUAGGAUCGAAGUAACCGAUGUAAACGAAGCUCCAACUGAUAUUUUGAUGUCUAAAAAUUUUGUAGCAGAGAAUUCUCCUGCUUCAACAGUGAUUGGAAAGUUUUUGGUAAAAGAUCCAGAUGUAAAAAGUGUGCCACCUCAGAUCCAUAUUUGCUCCCUCGAGAACUCAUUAAAUGGUGACGGAGAUGAAGAUGAGUUUUACAUUACUCACGAAACUGAUAGCAAUUUUCUCCGAGUUAAAUAUAAUAGCCUUCUCGAUUUUGAAGAAAGAAACGUUUACAAUAUCAAUGCCACUUGUAAAGAUGCGGCUGGCCUCGAUAUUUCAAAGUCAUUUAAAAUUUUCAUCACUGAUGUAAACGAAGAACCCACGUCAAUAUGUCUCGUAGCCCCUCGCUCUGGUGAAGAUUGUUCAGUUGUUGGUGAAAUCUUUAUCGAGGAUUUGGAUUAUCCUCAAAUACAAUGUGGCUUAAAUUGGACGGUUGAUCUUCAGCCAUAUUCCGAGAAAUUAUCGGAAUACACUUGUCAAAUCAAGAAGGAGGUAGACACUUUAAGUAAAAUUACUAAAGUGAUUAGUCAUUUUUAUGUUCAUGAUAGUCCACCGAAAUUACACGUGAAGAAAAGUAUAUUUAUUCAUGGAAAUCUAUCCUACAAUGUUCCUAUUUCAUGUGAAAGUACCUUACAUCCACGUCAUACCCUGUCAAAAAACCUGGUCGUUCAUAUUCAAGUUCCCAAUGAUGACAACUGUCGUGAUAAGGAACUUUGUGCUUCCUGUCCUCAGCCAAAAUUCUGUCUAUCGAAUGUCAAAGCUGCUGGAAAAUGUAUUGAUACAGAAUAUCUUUUGAACUUAACUGUGGAUGCCCCUCCAUCGUUGUUUAAAAAGCGUGGCUUUAUAAAAGUGUUUGAACACUAUGUUAAAGAUUUGAUUGAGGGAACUGAAAAGAGAAGAGUCUAA